AUGGCCGAGCUCACUCCACCUUCAUCACACAACUCAACUCCCGUCCGCCCACCAGCCGACGACCUCCCACCUCCAUCGCCUACAGCUGGACUCGGUACCAAAACCCAACAUCCACUCAUGAAGAGCACUUCGAUGGACGUGGACGAUCACCUGUCCGAUACUGACUCUUCCGGUAGUGCUGGUGAUAUCGUACAUGGCGAAGAUGAAGAGGACGAGUUGGAAGCACGGCAAGAAGGGGAUGAAAUUAUGGGUUCUUCCUCUGGUGAAGAUGAACUUGAACCGGGACAGGUUUCAUUGAGUGAGGAAGGUGGGAAAGGGAAGGGUAUAGAGACUAGAGAUGUUGGGGUGCGAAGAGGAAAGUCCAGGAAUAAACGUUCCAAGAAACAACAACCUCGAUCCACAGCCCAAGGAUCCCUCUUGACUUCAUCCAAAUUAUCUCGAGGAGGGGGAGGUGGGGGAGGAAAGAAAUAUGGGGAUUUGUGGGAGAGUGAGAUUGUCGAUAGAUGGAAUAUUGAAAUCGGUGAUGUCUGCUCCGACGAUAUCGUGGCUAUCUCAUCGAACCCUAUCGUUUCUAAUCAAAGUCAACCUAUCACUGCUUAG